AUGAGUCAUAAAUUUUCUAUAUUUAUUUUUCUUUCAUUUUUUUUAUAUUUUCUUAAAAAUGUUGAGACAUAUUUACCUGGCAUGAAUCCAACAACUUACAAGGAGGGAGAUAAAGUUGUAAUUAAAGUUAAAAAUUUGGCUAGUAAAAGAGCUGUUACAACAUUGGAUUAUUUUUCUUUUCCGCUUUGUUCGUUUGAUAAUAAUAAUGUAAAUGACGAAAAGGCACCAAAUAUUUUUAAAAUUUUAUUAGGAGAUAUUUUACAUUCUACAAAUAUAGAAACAACAUUUCUUAAGGAUAAAAAAUGUGCUUUCUAUUGUAAAAUCUUUAUAGAUGAUAACGUAUAUGAGAAAUAUAAACAUUUAAUAUUAUACAAUUAUAAUAUAAUUUAUAUAGUUGAUAACUUGGAAAUAUUUAGAUUAGAUCCUAAAAGAAAAGGAUUCUACUAUACAGGAAUACCACUUGGAUAUGUUGAUGAUAUGAAUUAUUAUUUAUAUACUCAUUAUAAAAUUACAAUAUUAUAUAAUUCAAGUAAUGAAAAUUCCGACAAAAAUUAUAUUGUUGGCUUUGAGGUAGACCCAAAAAGUAUUGAUUUUGAAAAAAAUGAUGACUGUGUUGAAAAUGAAUCUAGUAUGAUAAUGGAGAAGAAAAAAUAUGUAACUUUUAAAUAUGAUAUAAGAUAUGUAAAAAGUGAUAAUUCUUUUCAACAUAGAUCUGAACAUUAUUAUAGAAAUUUAAACGAUCAAAGUAUGAUACACUGGUUUUCCAUUAUUAAUAGUAUAAUAUUGGUUAUAUUAUUAUCAUUUUUAAUAAGUACUAUAUUAAUUAAAGCUUUACACAAAGAUAUAAAUAAAUAUAACAAAAUUAAUACAAACAUAUUUGAGACUGAUGAUAUUGAUGACAGAGGAUGGAAGUUAGUACACGGAGACGUUUUUAGAAAACCAAGAAAUUCUACUUUUUUCUCAGCUUUUAUUGGAGUAGGAAUACAAAUAAUUUUUAUGAUUAUUGUGUGUGCAUUAAUACUACUAAUUGGUGUUUAUAAGUAUAAACAAAGAUAUAGAUAUAUUCAAAUUAUGUUUUUUAUAUGGAUCUUUAUAAGUAGUAUAUCUGGUUAUGCUUCAUCGAGGCUAUAUAAACUUUUUAAAAGUAAACAUGUAAAAUUAACCAUUUUCAGAACUUCUCUUAUUUAUCCGUUUAUAGUUUUUGUCAUUUUUUUUCUAAUAAACACUGUUUUGCAUUAUGAACAUUCUAAUACUGCUAUUUCUUUUUCAUCUUUAACAUUUAUAUGUGUUAUAUGGUUUGGUAUAUCUGUACCAUUAAUAUGUAUUGGAUCAUAUAUUGGAAAUAAAAAAAAACCAAUAGAAUUACCUGUACGUGUUAAUAAUAUUCCUAGACAUAUUCCUAAACAGCCAUUUUUAAAUUCUUUUUUUUUAUCAUCAUUCUUAGUUGGAUUAACUCUUUUUGCAACUAUGUACACAGAAUUAUUUUUUUUAUUUACAUCAUUAUGGAAAAGUAAUAUGUAUUAUUUAUUUGGCUUUUUAUUUUUAGUCAUAUUCUUAUUAGGCUUGUUAAGUGCCCAAUUAUCUAUAGCCUUAAUUUAUUAUACAUUAUCUUGUGAGGAUUAUAAUUGGUGGUGGAAAUCAUUUUUUGCUCCUGGAUCAUCUGGAAUAUUUUUAUUUCUUUAUUCAAUUUAUUACUUUUUCUUUAAAUUAAAUAUUUCUAGUUUUGCAGAAACUUUUAUUUAUUUUGCUUAUUCCUUUAUAAUGUCUUAUACCUGCUUUAUAUAUACAGGAACAGCAGGAUUUUUGGCAUCUUUUAUUUUUCUAAGAAAAAUAUAUUCAUCUAUCAAAGUUGAUUAA